AUGAAAAGGCCGUUCGCCGUGUCUGUAACAUAUCCUACCCGGGAGUCUGCAGAAGAGAGUUCGUGUGAACUGGUAAGGAGGAGGCUCGCCGCAUGCUGUCAGAUAUCUGAAAUAACAUCUAUCUAUUUCUGGAAAGAAGCUAUUGUUAAGGAAACAGAAUACAAGCUGAUCGCAAAGACCUUUUCUUCUUUAUUCGCUGGAAUACAGGAGUUUGUGGCAGGUAGCCAUCCAUAUGAGGUUCCUGAAAUCACCGGUAUGGAAAUGCAUUUGGCAUCGAGGCAAUACUUGGAAUGGAUGAACUCCUGUGUCGACGAUACAGGACAGGCCCCCAACACCAGGCAGUAG